CAAACAAUAAUAACAAUGGAAGGCAUGAAGAAAUUGGAUACACUAUUCAAGAGGCAACCUACAGUACUGUAAUGAAACCCAUACUGCCAGUGAUAGAAGAGUUUCCUGAUGAUGUGAGAUCUGAAGAAGGUCAUCAGGUUCUUUUUGAAGUUAAAGUUAAAGUUAGGGGAAACUCAAAACCAUCUUUUAAUUGGUAUCAUAAUGGAGAGCCAGUGACUGAUGAUUAUACUCAUGAGCUGAGAGGAGAUGGUAGUCUACUGCUAGUGAGUGUUGAGGAGAAACAUAAAGGAACAUAUCGUUUUGUUGCUAAUAAUGAUGCUGGAACAGUUAGUCAACAAGUUGUACUCACAGUUGCAGUGGAGGGAAGUGAUGAGAGCAGAUUGUUACAUGGGGACUCAUCCAGUGCUAAGAUUGGUAUGAUUCCUGUUGAUAAAUUUGGAGAAUUUGUAGCUAAAGGACAUGCUAAAGGAAACGAAGGAUUUAGAAACCAAUUUGGGAUGUUGGAUAGUGGUGAGAGUGAACACACAGUGACAGUUGGUCUUACUCCAAGCAAUAAACUGUUGAAUCGCUUUGCAAACAUUGUAGUCUAUGAUGACAAUCGUAUUACACUAAGACCAAUGUCAGGCCAUAAGGAUUGUACAAACGAGUAUAUCAAUGCAUGCUUCAUUAAGGAUUACUCUAAUCAAUAUCAGUAUAUAGCAACACAAG